CGCCAGAGGCUCCGGGUUCACUUCCGGCGUGCCUACGCCUCCUCUUGCGCUCUCCUGUUAAUGGCGGGCGGUAGCCGCUGAGGGGGUUGCAGAUAACCGCUUCCCACACCGGGAAAGUCUCCCCUGCCUCCCACUUUCUGCUCGCCGCCAGCGCCGGAGCUCGCCAGCAUGUCUGUGGUACCGCCCAAUCGCUCGCAGACCGGCUGGCCCCGGGGGGUCACUCAGUUCGGCAACAAGUACAUCCAGCAGACCAAGCCCCUCACCCUGGAGCGCACCAUCAAUCUGUACCCUCUUACCAAUUAUACUUUUGGUACAAAAGAGCCCCUCUAUGAGAAGGACAGCUCUGUGGCAGCCAGAUUUCAGCGCAUGAGGGAAGAAUUUGAUAAAAUUGGAAUGAGGAGGACUGUAGAAGGGGUUCUGAUUGUACAUGAGCACCGGCUACCCCAUGUGUUACUGCUACAGCUGGGAACAACUUUCUUCAAACUACCUGGUGGUGAACUUAACCCAGGAGAAGAUGAAGUUGAAGGACUAAAACGCUUAAUGACAGAGAUACUGGGUCGUCAGGAUGGAGUUUUGCAAGACUGGGUCAUUGACGACUGCAUUGGUAACUGGUGGAGACCAAAUUUUGAACCUCCUCAGUAUCCAUAUAUUCCUGCACAUAUUACAAAGCCUAAGGAACAUAAGAAGUUGUUUCUGGUUCAGCUUCAAGAAAAAGCCUUGUUUGCAGUCCCUAAAAAUUACAAACUGGUAGCUGCACCAUUGUUUGAAUUGUAUGACAAUGCACCAGGAUAUGGACCCAUCAUUUCUAGUCUCCCUCAGCUGUUGAGCAGGUUCAAUUUUAUAUACAACUGAAUUCCUGCGCAGUGGAGAAGUAAAAGAAGCCGCUUGUCUCUGUGAGCACAGCUAUAUACAGUGUAGAAUAAAUGUGGUAGAAAAGUUUUUUUGGUUUUAUCUCUUUUGCGAUCCCUAAAUUGCCACCUACUUUCUUUUGUUUGAAUAGUAAAAUUAAUAUGAAGAACUAGAUAGUGGAGUAAACAAAUGUGAUAAUGUUGAUUUACUUUUGGUUCUACUCAUACUUUUUGUACAACGUUAAAGAAAAUUGACUUUUUAUUUUAAUUUCUCAGUAAACUUCUAAAAUUCUUGUAGGUAAGGAUCAUUUUUCCCUCCACCUUAGGAUGGUGAAUGUUACAACACAAUGACAGGUUUAGGUCAGUCAAGUUUAUUGAACCCUUGCUUUGAUACCAUUCUUGGGCACAUACUCCAAGACUGUAUUAGAUUUUUAUGAUGAAGAGCUUCCAUUACUUUUGAAAACUGUGUUUGUCUGAUUGAGUCCAAGGUGCAACUCCUAAAUGAAUUGUGUUGCAGAGAACUCCCAAUGUAAUUCACUGGCCAGUACAUUUUAUAACCAUCCAGGCCUUGGUUUGCAAGCAACAGACCUUAAACGUAUAGGAAACUAUUAAAAGUGGCUUGAUUAGCAAUCAUAGGAAUUGGUGUAAGAAGAGACUCAUUUAGAGCUCAGAAUUUUCUUCACAUAAUGGGGGUAUUAAUUAUUUGUGCUGUUGCAAAAUUAUGUGUCUUAAAGCCAUGGUAAAAAUAGUGAUCUGUGAAGGAAAUUUCUAAAAUUGGACAUAUUAGGUUUUGAACUCUGAGAUUGCACAAAUAUUCAAUUAACUUGAAGUUAUGUACAUAGAGAAGAAAAUUUGGUUUUAGCAAAUGACGGAGCCUUCGAAAAUAUUUUUGGAAUAAUGUGAAUCAACCAAAAACUGGGGUAAGGCAGAGGACAGAUUUUGUCAGGUUAAGAGAAAAAUACGAAAUUUUAAAAACUUUAAAAAGUACUGAUAAAUUCAGAUCAAAUUUGAGGGAAUAAAAAAUAUUAGAGCAAAGGAGUUUGCUGGUUGUGUCGUUAUUUAAUGAUCAAAGUGUAGUGUGUAUGCCUUAUUAUAGACUUGACUGUAGGCUUAAUGUAAAAAGGAAUCUUGCCAGAUGUAGCUACUUAAGGAAAAAAGGGUUUUUAAUAGGAAUGAACUUUUGAUUAGUAUGGUACCAGUCACAGGGCUAUUUUCCUGAAUAUUGGGUGAUGACAAAGGUAUAUGAUACUUGAGAAAAUCAGGCCAAGUGUAGCUGAGCAAUUAUAUUAAUAAACACUCAAGUGUUUUUAGUUGGGGUCUUGUCAAACCCUCACAUGGUAGUUAAGUAGUGAGUAACUGUGCGUGUCCUUAGUGGUAGGUGAGUACCAG